CGACGCGAUAGUUAUUCAACGCCGAGAAGCAUUCAGAAGAUGGAGAUUAUAGCAAUACGUACUUGAUUCCACGUGGAUCUUAGAUCGAAUAGCGCGUCCCAACCUGCUGGGCUCAUCAAGACUUGGCGCCUAGACUACCUAUAUAUAUGAAUACUACGCACUGCCCCUAUGUGGUAUCUGAUCGCCAGCAUCUACAAUCUUAGUAUCCUAUUCCUUAGGUCACUAUUAUUUAGUCGACGCCUCGUCUAUGUGAAGUCAUUCGUUUAGUAUCUCACAUUCCUCACAAUGCUGGCUACUUCUAUCUUCGUCUUCCUUUCCCUAAGCUCAACUGGUUUCGGUUGGGAAUGGGGAAAAAGUGGAAAAUGGUCUAGUAAGCAAAGGACUACUUGCCACGGUGGAGAGUCGACUAUUAAUUACACGACGAUUGCUGGUUUCUUUCAACAGGACAAUUCUUCUACGGUUGCGAAAACCUUCGACUACACUACGACAAACUACGGUCUUAUCAACCGGACAUAUCCAACCGACGAUCAAUUUGAUCCGUCAAAUACGAAAACGCAAUGGGAACGGUUCGCCUACUAUGUGAAUACCCUGAACCGGGAUUGCGAUAAGAAUACUCAGUACAAAGUCCUGUUCAUGGCUCGUCACGGCGAGGGUUACCAUAACGCAGCAGAAUCUUACUAUGGUACUCCCGCUUGGAAUUGUUAUUGGGGACCGCUAGAAGGGAAUGGCACGACAACCUGGAGGGAUGCUCGAUUGACCGAUGCUGGUAUAGCUCAAUGUACUAAGGCAAAUACCUUCUGGAAAAAUGCUUUGGCUGUUGAGAAGAUACCGGCCCCGCAGUCCUACUACAGCAGUCCUCUAGUCCGUUCGAUGACGACAGCAAAUUUAACCUUCAAAAGCCUUAACCUCCCAGCCGGAAGACCUUUCGUGCCGACAAUCAAGGAAUAUCUUCGUGAAGGCAUCUCUAUGCGUACUUGUGAUGAGCGAUCAAACAAGACGUACAUCCAUUCGUUACUUCCAGAAUUCAAUUUUGAGGAAGGAUUCACUGAAGAUGAUGAGCUGUGGAAGGGUUACGAAGGAGAAACGUCCGAUGCUCAACUCAAGAGAACCAGGACCGUUCUGAAUGAUAUUUUCAGCAAUGACGACAACACGUGGAUUAGCAUCACUAGCCACUCUGGUCAAAUCAGCACGAACCUUAAGGUAUUGAACCACAUCGCAUUCAGCUUGUCGACCGGCCAGGCAAUCCCGGCUCUUAUCAAGGCCCAGAACCUCCGCAAGGUCGAGCCAGCUACAACCACGAUCCAAUCAUGGGCAGCAGAUGCCACAUGUAAUGCGCCUCCGGUCACAAGUAUAUCGGGCCAGGGUUGCGUCUGCUCAAGUUCUACGGCCGCCUUGGCCUCGGCUACGGCUACGACAAGCGUAGCAUAAAUCAAGCAAUUUACGUGACUUGGAAGAUAGAGUAGGAUAAUCCGUCUGAUUUUAAUGAAUAAAUACAAACCUACGCGUCGUCUUCCCCGUCCGACGCAAAAUAUGUCAUGUACGUACCUAGUAUCUAGGCUUAAGCUCUACCUAUAGUAGUAACAAUUUCAUCCCAAUGCAAC